GUUUUAUUUUAUAGAUGUUUGAAGAUAUAGUUUGUGUUAAUUUCGAUUUUUUCAAAGAUAUUUUAAGAAUGGACUUGGCUUCGUAUGUUUUUGGUAAAAUCGAUGACGGAUCACCGGCUGGGGAUCUUGAAAUCGACGAUUUGGAUCAAAAUAAUUUAAAUUUGGAUAAUUUUUCUGAUGCUUUAAUGGUUGAAGGGAUUUCAGGUCAAGAUGAAAUGUUGCAAAACAACUGGAUGGCCGACAUUGAUGAAAUCUUACAAGGCAUGGCCAAAGAGAAACAAGCGGAACUUGAACUUUGCAAUUCGGUGGUUUCUUCUUCUGUUGGUCGACAAUCGUUAAACGAUUUAUUAAACGCGCCUCCCCAGCCCACCCUGGUCAAGGAAAGAUUAACAAACGAACCAAACCAUGAACAAAAUUUUAUUUUUCCUGUCUCUCCGGCGCCACCUGAUGUCAAACCCAGACUGGAAACAAAUCCGCCCCCGCAAGCCGCUGUCCCCCCCUUCACCCACCAACCAACAACACAUGUUCGCAACCAAAACCCCCAGAUUGAUCAACCCCCUCACCCCGAUGAAACGAUCCAACAGCUGGAUUUAGUUUCGGCGAUUCAACAGAACCCACAGCUUCGUCAACAACUCCAGCAACAAAUCAUUCAAUCGCAGCGUAGGGUUGAUACUCCUAUGUUAGGGAAUUCCCCAAUCCCAUCUCCACCUUUGGAUGCCUCGCCACAGUUGCAGAGUAUGUUCAACUCAAACACAAUUAUCACCCCUGUGUUGUUGGAGCAAAAGUUUCCAAUCCAAAGGUAACGUUCGAUUCUCGGGAUUGACAUGGACACUUUGUCGCCACCUAAUGGUUGGUGGGAAUGGAUGUUCCCGACGUUAUUGUCGUGGCUCGUUAACGGGUUUAUCUCGAUUGGGAUUCUCUGGCGACUCCUUGUGACAGGGGAGCCCGUCACUGAAGAAAAGUCGAAAACGUCAUCGAAAUAUUGGAUACAUCGGAAACAAGCGGACCUUGAUGUGGAAAAGGAUGAUUAUGAGUCAGCAAGUUACCACUUGUCGCAAAGCUUGGCUGUGAUUGGUCGGCCGCUACCGACGUCACGGUUGGACGAGUGGUGUGCGGUUGUGUGGAACGGUGUUCGAUUGUUUCUUGGGGUUGUUCACAUUGGGCCGUGGUUGGCUAGGUUGAAAAGUUUAUCAGCGAGAAACUCGGCGAGGAACGCAGCGCAUGUUUAUCAUAAGUUGGAUCAACUGCACAUGAAUGGUUAUUUAAAGGAGGGAAAACUACGGGGUUUUCUUUAUUCACUGAGUGCGUUGAACUUGUGUGAGGUGGCGGGUUGGGAGACGACGCCUCCUUCUACAGCUACAAGGAUUUACUUGAUGGCCGCGCUGAGGUUUAAACGAGACGCCAUGAUACCGCUAAAGUGGUUUCAUCGUUUCUUUCUCCGAAAAUGUUCGAAAGUUUUAUUAACUCACCCGAACUGCAAUGACGCCCUCCGAUGGAUGUCAACCUCAAUCGGAAAUAAUUUCGUUUCAAACGAAAAAGAUCUUUUGGUGAAAAACAACGAAGAAAUGAAAUUUAUAAAGAUUUUAAACAAAAACGACCCACUUUCAAUUGUUUCGUUUCAUUUCCGGACUCGUAUGCUUCGGAACUCUUUGUUUGCGAUGAUAGAACCCAGUAUUGGGUUGGGGGAAUCACCACCUGAUGAAGCAAUAAAAUAUUUGCAACUUGUCGAAAAUAAAGAUACUUUUGACACUGACGAAAAGUUCUGGUGUUCGAUCGCAAUGGUCGCUGCUGAUUGGUCGAAAUCCAACGAGGUUUCGCGGUUCAUUGAACGCACGUCAUGCACGAGUGCUUCGUCAAAGAAUGUGCUCUCGUGCCACAAUGUGGGCGUUUGUUGCUAAGCGAGAUUUUAUGUUGUCGAGAAACACCGAUGGUUCGUUGUCGAAUAUUGUGCUGAUGAGAUGCAAUCAAGCGUCAAAGCUCGUCAAGGAAAGUUUCCUCUGUUGUCAUGGAAACCAAGAUAUUGUUUCAGCGUACCAGUUGCUCGCGAUUGGUUGGUUACUCGAAACGAGGCUGAAGGUUUGGCAAUCCAACUGUGAUGUCACAACCAGAGCAACAAAAGAGGAAUUGUCGUCGUUCGAGGUCGAUUUAAAUUUACUUCGAUUCGUUGCGAAGAAACUUCCAGCAGCGCAAACCAAAGUUGCGUUAUAUGAAAGCGCGAUUCGUUUAAUGUCCGGGGCGAACCCGAUACGAACGCAUCUCAUGCUCAACCAGAUCCUUAACAAAACAAUAAACCGGAACGAUGAAAAGGACAAUGGUUGCCAAGCAACAGGGAGUCGUGACCGUGCGCUUGCUGCCUUCCUUGCGUGCCAACACCUGCCCGCCACGAUGUUCGCAACCCCUGGUGUCAAGGAAAGUUUAAUCAACGAAGCUGUUGAAGUUUUAAGAAAGUUUGGCGACAACAAUGGUGUUGAGGAGGGUCAACGCAUGAUGUUGAAGAUCACGUCGUCUGUUGCUGCUUCAUGAUGUUCUUGUGUCUGUGUAAAUAAAAUUCGAUGCUCGUGUAAAUAUAAAACGUUUAUCGAUUUAA